GGAGGAGGCUUUUAAAAUUGAACAAAAACAUUCAUUCCUCAACGUCGAGAUUGUGUUUUCAUAAGCUUAAUAUAUCGGCAUCUAGAGGUUUUCAUAUAAACAGUAUCAUAUAGUCAUUAAUACAAGGGUUAGCGUUCGCUACAUUAACUUCGCUAAAUUAAUUCGUAAUGUCGGAGCCAAUAGUUCAACUUCUCGAAAUCGAAUUAAAAGGGGACAAUCCCGACAUGUAUGGAAAUCCGCUUAAUUGGAGGAUGCGUCUGGAGUCGGCAGAGAUGCUGUUGGAGCCUAUUACGAUUUCGUUUGUUUGGGUAGGCAGCGCCUCCUCGUCGGCGUUUGAUCAAACCCUCGACAGCUUUGACGUCGGGCCGCUUGAAAAGGGCCUGACGGAGAUCGAUUUAGAAUGCGAUCCGCCACAUCUUGAGUUAGUUCCUCCGGGCGACGCGCUCGGAGUGACCAUCGUGAUCAUUUCCUUCCAGUAUCGUUCUCAGGAGUUCUUACGUGUCGGGUAUUACACGCAGGUGGCGUAUUUUGAUAAGCAUCUGAACGAAAUGCCGCCGGAGAUUCCGCAUAAGGACUUGCUCGGGCGAUUUAUAGCGAUGCCGCAACCAGCCAUUACGGUUACCCCAAUCGAGUGGUACGCCUAA